UUGGACAGCAGUGACGUUGCUGGGAAGUGAAGGAAUAUAAAUACCUCGUUAGUGGAGAAAGAGAAAGAGAGAGAGAGAAAAAAACCCGCUAUUUGAAGUUCUAACGGUCAGAGACAGACGUUAGUUGCUCUUCUGCUCAGUUUUCACUGUGAACUCUAAACUCCUUUAUUAUUUCAAAAAUGAAACGAGUCAUCCUCCAGCUCUUUGCAGUCGCACUCUGCAUGGCAGUGGGCCAGGCUCUGCGGUGCUACAAGUGCAAAAUUGGCUUUUGGAACGUGUGCAUUACCACGGAAAAAACGUGUGAAGCAGAAGAACACUGCUUCAGUGGUAUCGGUAAAGCAGCUGGCUUCAUGGACAUCAAAACAAAGGGCUGCCUAGCACAGGCUGAGUGCAACAAAACCGAGCAGGUGAGCUUCAACGCCGUCGGCCAAAACGCCACCCUGUACACCAUGACCAAGACAUGCUGCUCCACUGAACUGUGCAACGCCGCGCCCGGUUUGCCUGGAGCCUCUGGGAUCAGCCUGGCCUUCGCCUCCAUCACUGCUCUUCUCAUGGCCAACUUCUUGGUUUGACAGGGGGGUGUGAGAGGAUAAUGGACGUCAGAGUGCACACCAGGGCUGCACCUAAUCAUUCUGGCCCUGGACUGUGGUAGAAAAACAAAUAAAAUGAAACAUAUUGAUACUAAAGAGCUGAAAUUGUAAACUAAAACUAUUCAAAUAAUGAAGCCAUCCAUCGAGUCUGUUGCAGCCCUGGUGUACACGUACGUUAUACAUACUGUACACAGUCAAGCACUACCAGGAAUAAAUCAAACGGCCUUCUGUGGUCUUGUAACUCUACAUAUUUUGUUUUUCCUACUCCACGUUGACCUUUGUAUUUCACUGUCGCUGUCAUUCUCUUUUAUAUUUGACACAGUUGUUUGUCUGUUGAACUAUUAUCCCUCACAUUUUUUUUUUUUUUUUGUAUUUUCAAAUGUUUUAAUUUUCUCCUGAAGAAAUAAAGAAAAGAUUUGAAUAUGUGGAAGGCAGCAAAAAAUAUUUUGAUUUCAUAAGUUACUGUUGACACUUUCACAGGCAUACAAGUGCCAUGUAGUUACCUGUGCCUACCUGAAUGAGCAGUAUAGGGUUUUGGUAGCAGCAGCAGUCUGCUACCAAAACCUAGCGGUGACUUUAUGUGCCAUUGUAGCUUCAUGAAAUGCUUCAGCAUCACUGUUUGUUACACAUACACUGCUUUGAUUUUAAACAGUUGUUAUAACAACCUUGUAAUGCAUUGAAACGUGUAGCCUAACGUUACCUAUUGCGCUAAACCGGUAUGCUAGGUCUGUAACACAAACGGCUAGUUAGCAGGACCAUACUACUUUUACUGUUUCCAGCCUGAGAAGUUUUGUUUAAGCCUAACUUAAAGACUUUAAAACUAAUAAAUAUUAACAACUGGACUGAGUGGAAAAUAAGUGAGAAAAACUGACAACUAACAGAUUUAAAGGAUAUGAAUUGUGAUGCUGGGCGAUCGCAUGGCUUAGCUAACGCCUAGGGUUUUUUUUAAAGGAAUUUUAAACAAGUUGAAAAUUUAAAGGCUUAAAAUAAGGAGAGUUUGAUGCUACAUUGGAGGUUUUAAAAACUGAAAAUCUUUAAGAGUAACAAUUGCAUAACAGAAGGCAGGAAAAUGGGAAUGAUUGCUAACUAGGCUAUUUCUGUAAUUGAAAAAUAACUAGCAGCCUAUUUUAAUAAUUUGGCACACAUGUUAGAUGGUGGUUUUAAUGCUAGGCUAGGUUAGGCUCAGCCUGUUGUGUCAUGUUUAUUAUAUCUUUUUUUUAUAGUAUGUCAGCCGUAUAAUUCUUUUUCUUACUGGGAAGGAAAAACAAACAAAUUAUUAAAUUAAAUAAAAUUCAUUGCCUUGACCCACUUAAAAUGUCAUAUUUAAACACCAUUAUAUAACUUCGAGGCUGUUACCUUUGUAGCUAACAUUCAAACAGUUUAGCAUAUAGUCCAGUAAACAUUUCAGUUUUGUUUUAUUGCUGUUAUUUUUUUUAAACUAAAAAAAUUGUUAUUUUAACCCAAUUCCUUUUAAAAACCUUUAUUGCAUAGAAGCUUUGCUCAACUGCUCCAACUUUGAAUGUAUAUAUAGGGAAAUGGGAUAAAUCAGUGUCGAGACAAUAAAAUCGAAUUGUGAUUACACCGCGUUUGAAUCUGUCAAAACUAAUGAGUGACAUUUUGUACUUUUUUUAAUGAUUCCAAAUUAAAGCUGAAUUAAUCAUCCCUGUCUCUGCGUCUAAUGACGAAGCUUUAAUGUUGUAACGUGUUCUGUCUCAUAGUCAGUUAAAAUAAAGCAGCCGACAAUGUAAGGGGAAAA